ACAGAAGAAGAAGAAAAAUACCAAACAGCAAAUCAUAAAUAUAUUUGUGGAGAAAUCAGAAGGAAAAAUUCAAAGUUGAUUUGUUUUCUUCUACGAUUUAUCAAAUUUACAAAAACCAAUUAACUUUUCAACAUGAAUGCGCCACCAACAUUUGAAUCAUUCUUAUUAUAUGACGGGGAAAAAAAGAUAAUUCGUGAACAAGACACCAAAGUGCCAAAUGCUGCAAUAUUCACCAUAAAUAAAGAAGAUCAUACUCUAGGAAACAUGAUCAGAAACCAACUACUUAAAGAUCCCAAUGUAUUGUUUGCUGGUUACAAGUUGCCUCAUCCUUUAGAACAUAAGUUUGUGUUGAGGAUUCAGACGACCUCUGAUUAUGCUCCACAUGAGGCUUUGAUGCACGCCAUUACUGAUUUAAUUUCCGAGUUAUCUUUAUUUGAGGAACGUUUUAAG